UAAAGAUACUAAAUUUUGCCCUGUAUAUAUGGAUUUUAAUGUGACAAGAUCAGGUCAUGGGCUGGUUCCACCUUCACAGCCAACACCAUCUGCUGAAGUUCUUGAUCUCUCAGUUAUUGAUAGACAGCCAGUCCUACGUUGUAAUGCUCGAACCCUGCAUGUAUUCAGCCAUGCAAGUGCAGCUACAGCAGCAGCAGCAGCCAGUCCAGCUCAAGUCAUUCGACAGGCUUUUGCCAAGGCAUUGGUCCCUUAUUAUCCUUUGGCUGGAAGGCUGAAAUUAGGUUCGACCGACCACACCAGGCUUCAGAUUGAGUGUUCUGGAGAAGGGAUUUGGAUGGUGGAGGCUAAAGCUGAUCGUAGCCUUGCAGAAUUGGAUUAUUUUGAAAAUGUGAUGUCCAUUCCCGGUGAUGCAGUUGAUCGACUUCUACCACCUCCUCCUCCUCCAGCUGAUGGUCUAGAUCCACUCGUCCUAGUGCAGAUAACACAAUUUUCAUGCAACGGGUUCGUGAUGGGCCUGACAUUCUGCCACGCAAUUUGUGAUGGGCUGGGAGCUGCACAAUUCGUGAAAGCAGUAGGUGAGAUGGCCAGAGGAGCCGAGAAGCCCAGCAUCACACCAUCAUGGAACAGGGACUUGAUCCAAUCUCCAUCACUUGAAGCUUAUCUCAAAUCAUUCCCCAGCAUCCUGUCACCCCUUCCCCCACCCAUUCCUCCAUACCAAUUGGAACAUGUUACCUUAGACAUUCCUUUGGAUGAAAUCAAUAGGCAAAAACAAAAAUUCCGAUAUCAAACAAACGGCCAAAAAUGCUCCGCCUUCGACAUAGUAGCAGCCAAUUUUUGGAGGCAUCGAACGCGAGCCAUUAGCGACAGCUUGAAGGAGAACGACGAAUUGAAACUCGUCUUUUUUGCAAAUUGUCGUUACCACUUGAGCCAACCCCUUCCCCGAGGCUUUUACGGUAACUGUUUUUUCCCAGUUACCGUUACAGCCUCGUGUGGGAUGCUCAAACGGGCAUCCAUGGUCCAUGUGGUGAAAAAUAUUCAAGAGGCCAAGGCCGGUCUAGCAAGCGAAUUUGCCAAGUGGAUGAAUGGUGGGGGCCAGGAUGUGGACCCCUUCUUACCCCCUCCUCUCUAUACAACAUUGUUCCUUUCGGAGUGGGGCCGGCUUGGUUUUAACGAAGUUGAUUAUGGAUGGGGCCCCCCUGUCCAGGUUGUUCCGAUACAGGGCUCCGGCGUCAUUCCAGUUGGCAUUGUGGGCUCCUUACCUUCUUCCCAGGGACCAGGCAUCCGGCUUAUGACGUGGUGCGUCGAGAAGGCCCAUCUCCAGCCCCUGGCUAACUGGCCCACGGGCCUGGAUGACUAAUGGAGAUUAAUCAAAAUGUUAAUGCCCCUUGUACUGAAAUGAUUAUAAACGUACGGCACCGGAUUAAAAAAAGUGACCAUAACUCUUCAACUUUGGGUCUGGGUGAAAAAAAGUCGGUUGGUUUCUAGGGCAUGGGCCCAUAAUCAAGAAAUAAUUUCACUCCAUUUGUGGAAAGGAAAUUCAGAUGGACAACCUUUUUGUGUCGCUCCUCAAUUAGUUAAAUGAUGGGGUAUUCGUUUUACCUAAUAAAGGUUGGUGAAUGUUUUAUUGGAAAUUAUUGGUCCAUAAUCAUGUGAAAAGAACGCCUGUAAAAUGGAUGAUGUUAAGACCUUUU